AUGGGUUGUUGUUUCACUAAGGACAAAGCUCCAGAGCCGCAGCAAAAUGGGUACAGAUCUGCGGGUGAGAAUUACCAGAGACCCCACGAACACCAUCAUCAGCGACACCACCAACAACAACAACAAGCCAUCGUGGUUCCGCAGCACAAGCCUUCUUCGAAUCAUUAUCAACCCCAGCAAGCCGCCUUCAAGACCUCGGUCCCGGCCUCAAGCCCAAGCCCCAGGCCAGUCCAGAAGGUGGACACAAUCCUGGGCAAGCCCUAUGAAGAAGUCAAGUCCCACUACACGCUUGGGAAAGAACUGGGUAGAGGUCAGUUUGGUGUCACUUACCUCUGCACUGAGAUUUCCACUGGUAGGCAAUAUGCUUGUAAGUCCAUUUCGAAGAGGAAGCUCGUGACCAAGAAUGAUAAGGAGGACAUGAAGAGGGAGAUUCACAUCAUGCAGCAUUUGAGUGGCCAGCCCAAUAUAGUGGAGUUCAAGGGCGCUUAUGAGGACAAGCAAGCGGUCCACCUCGUGAUGGAGCUCUGUGCCGGUGGCGAGCUUUUCGAUAGGAUCAUCGCAAAGGGGCACUACACUGAGAGAGCCGCGGCUACAAUCUGUAGGGCGAUUGUCAAUGUUGUUCAUGCCUGCCAUUUCAUGGGUGUUAUGCAUAGGGAUCUCAAGCCUGAGAACUUCUUGUUGGCUAGCAAGGAUGAGAAUGCCCCCUUGAAGGCUACAGAUUUCGGCUUGUCCGUGUUCAUCGAAGAAGGCAAGGACUACCGGGAUAUUGUCGGGAGCGCUUACUAUGUCGCUCCUGAGGUUUUGCGGCGCAAGUAUGGGAAGGAAAUUGACAUUUGGAGUGCAGGAGUCAUACUUUACAUCCUACUUAGUGGCGUCCCUCCAUUUUGGGCUGAAACUGAGAAGGGCAUAUUUGACGCGAUACUGCAAGGAGAUAUUGAUUUUGAAAGUAAACCAUGGCCAAGUAUAUCCCCUAGUGCUAAAGACCUGGUCAAGAAAAUGUUGACGAAGGACCCCAAGAAAAGGAUUACUUCUGCCCAGGUUUUAGAGCAUCAUUGGAUUAAGGAAGGUGGAGAUGCAUCAGACAAGCCAAUAGACAAUGCUGUCCUUUCAAGAAUGAAGCAAUUCAGAGCAAUGAACAAGUUGAAGAGACUUGCAUUGAAGGUAAUUGCUGAAAAUCUUUCUGAAGAAGAUAUUCAGGGGUUAAAAGCAAUGUUUGCGAAUAUGGAUACUGACAAGAGUGGAACGAUCACCUAUGAGGAGCUGAAGACAGGAUUAGCUCGGCUUGGAUCGAAGCUCACAGAGGCAGAAGUGAAGCAGCUGAUGGAAGCAGCUGAUGUGGAUGGAAAUGGAAGUAUUGACUACAUUGAGUUCAUAACGGCUACAAUGCAUAGACACAAGCUAGAGACAGAUGAACAUCUUUACAAAGCCUUCCAGCAUUUUGAUAAGGAUAACAGUGGGUUCAUCACAAUGGAUGAAAUUGAGACUGCCCUGCGAGGAUAUGGAAUGGGAGAUGAAGAAACCAUUAGAGAUAUUAUAGCCGAAGUUGACACAGACAAUGAUGGCAGGAUUGACUAUCAGGAGUUCUGCGCAAUGAUGAGAAGUGGCAACCAACACCAGGGGAAACUCUUCUAGGCACCAACCAACAAUUAGGGAAGCUCUUCUUGCCACGACUAGAGAUUGUGUAAAUUGAAGCAAAGCACUCUAAACGCGAAAGCUGUUUUCCUUCUACAUACUUGACCGCCAAAGUUGAUAACGCUUUGAGAUUUCCUCUUCUUUUUCUUUUUUCUUUAUUUUGAGAUGCCAAAAGAGGCAUGUAACUUAUGGCUUUCUUUUUGGGCCUUCCCCAUGGUUCAUUUUUGUACUGUCGAGUUCUUGAAGUUCCUUGUGAGGGUAGACGUCUUGUGAAAAUACAGCCUCCCUCAAAGUACCUUCUUUGUAAACUAUGUUUAUACCAUUUGGUUUGUGCCUUCCUAAUUCAGAAUGUCUGUUCAGUGGCAUAUGCAGCCUCCCUGAAAGUACUUUCUUUGUAAACUAUGUCAAUAAUACCCUCUGGUUUGUGCCUUCCUAA